AUGAUUUUCGACUUCGCAGGACUGGCCCAAGGGCUUUUGCUGGCGCUGUUUGCCACGGCAACCGUCGUCUCGGCUCAUCCAGGCGAGGCUCCUCCGACUCCGCGGGAAAUUGCAGCAGGCAAGCUCUACAGGCGCUCGGCUCAGACGCAGUACAAUCGCUGCAAUGGUUCUCACCAAUCGCUGCAACGUCGUCACGCCGUCAAUACCCAGGUGCACCGGCGACAGAAGCUCCUCGAGCAGCUUCGUGCCCACGCUACUCGGCGACGCUCUGGCUCAGACUACGCAUCUGAUGUGCUUGAAACCAGCCAUGUCUCCAACCGAACUGACAUCACGAGCAACUCAACCACUUCCGCGGUCUUUGCAAACAGCACGGACGCCUGUGUCCUGCAGCCAGAAGUCACGAUCGGGCCUUAUUGGGUCAGCGGCGAGCUGCUUCGUUCCAACCUGACCGACGAACAGCCGGGCGUGCCCCUCUACCUUGAUGCACAAUUCGUCGACAUCAACACAUGCGACCCUGUCCCCGACCUGUACUGGGAGAUCUGGAACUGCAACUCGACCGGCGUCUACUCUGGAGUGGUGGCCAGUGGCAACGGCAACGUGGAAGACGAAUCCAACCUCAAUACAACGUUCCUUCGGGGUGUUCAACGCACAGACGAGAACGGUGCUGCUCAAUUUCAGACCAUCUUCCCCGGCCACUACACCGGUCGAGCGCACCACAUCCACGUCGUGGCGCACAUUAACGCUACGUUGCUCUCAAACAACACGUUGGCCAACUCUGCCGACACCGGAGCAGUCCAUAUUGGCCAGUU